GGCCGUGGAGGGGGCGGUGCUGGGAGCGGCGCGGCGCGGCUCUGUCCUCUCUCAGCGAGAACCCCCCCAGCGCAGCCCUGAGCGGCGUACGAUGAGGCCAGAGCGCGUCCCCGGGAUCCGCAGCACGCAGCCCUGACCCCGCCCCGCUGGCGAACUGCCGGCGCCCGAUAUGGCAGCGGAGUCCACGAUCCCCAUUUGGCAGAACAAACCCCAUGGCUCGGCGCGCAGCGUUGUCAGGAGGAUUGGAUCCAACCUCCCUUUAAAGCCCUGUCCCAGAGCGACCUUUGAGGUUCUACGUAAUGUUUCAGAGCUCUAUUUAAAUGAUGCCCCUCCUGUUCCUACCCUGGCAGACAUUGGGUGGAUAGCAGCAGACGAUGAAGAAACAUACGCCCGAGUCAGGUCUUUGUCUUGUAGAAGUGACACUCGCCCACUGAAACACAAAUGGAAACCGAGUCCCUUCACGGUCAUACAGCGAAAUGCUUCAGUCCCCAACCUGAGGAAGCAGGAAGAGAAGCUGCUCGCCUUGAAGAAGCCUGGUUUACCUGCACUGAGCCGAACGACGGAGCUCCAGGAUGAGCUGAGUCACCUUCGGAGUCAGAUAGCUAAAAUUGUUGCUGCAGGAUCAGCUUCUGCUUCCUUCACCCCUGAUGCAUUAUCUCCAGGAAGUUCAAAUGCAUCUUCUCCUUUGCAUUGUUUUGGACCCUCUUUCCAAUCCACAACGUCCUUUGUCAUCAGUGACAUCACAGAGGAGGAGGCAGAACUCGAGAGCCCUGAGCUUCCAUCAGUCUCCAUGCUUUGUUCUACAACAUCUGAGUGCUAUAAAUCAGAACCAAAGGAUCCUGAUGAGGAGGAUUCUGUGUCUCUUUCCAAGGCCAGCAGUUUUGCAGACAUGAUGGGCAUUCUAAAAGACAUUCAUAGGAUGAAGCAGAGCAAAGACUUGAACCGAAGUUCUGUGAAGGAGGAAGACCCUGCUGUUCUUAUAGCAGAAGUCUUGAGAAGAAAAUUUGCCCUCAAGGAGGAAGAUCUGAGUCUGAAGGAGAAAUGAUGACCGUCGUUCAGCUCCGUAAGCAAAAGUGUUAAGCUCACAAAAUUUCCUCUACAGUAGCUGCCUUCCUAAGGAUUGAACCUUUUGCCACUUUUAUUUAUUAGGAAUUUUCUGCACUGGACACUUAAGAAAGACCCUAUGGAUUUGCCAUGUUUUCCAUGUAUUGUUAUAUUUAAGAAAAAAAACCCUUUUUAAGAUGAAAGUUGUUUUUUCCUCUGUAUUUUGAUGUUGAUGACUGGCUAAGGAUCUUCUACAGAGUGCAGUGAGUGCUGCUGGAUGAUGUUCUUUCUGCCUACUCAAAGUCACAUUAAAACUUUUUUUUUGUUGCAAUAUAAA